AUGCUCCUCCUAGACUACCAGAACGUCCUCAUCGAGUCUCUCCUCAAAGACAGAUUCUCAGGCGCAGCACCGGCGUCAAUCGAUCAAGUCGUGUCCGACUUCGACGGCGUGACCUUCCACAUAUCGACGCCCGAGUCCAAGACCCGGAUCCAAAUAUCCCUCGCAAUAAAAUGCUUCGCCGAGCUCGUGCAAUACGGCGCCCAGUCCGUGCUCGAGCGCGAAUACGGUCCAUACAUCGUAGCCCCUGAGUCCGGAUACGACUUCUCCAUUGUUGUGGACCUAGAAGACCUGCCGGCGGAACAGGACGCACGAGAUGAUCUGAUCAGGCGGAUAAGCUUGCUGAAACGAAACGCCAUGGCCGCGCCCUUCGAGCAGGCGUUCGAUGAGUUCAAGGCGCUCUCCGAGGAAGCGAGCAAGUACUCCUCGGAGCAGGCUCCCCAGGGCGUGCGGGAGGGCGGCGAGGUGCGGGCAAUUCAUUACAGAGAGGAGGAGGCGAUCUACAUAAAGGCCAGUCACGACAGGGUGACCGUCAUAUUUAGCACAAUAUUCAGAGAAGAGACGGACCGUAUAUUCGGGAAGGUAUUUCUUCAAGAGUUUGUGGAUGCGAGGAGACGGGCGAUACAGAACGCUCCCCAAGUGCUAUUCCGGAAUGAUCCCCCUCUGGAACUGCAAAAUGUGCCGGGCCUGCCGGCAAGUGGAAGUGGCGAGGUGGGAUACAUAACAUUCGUGUUGUUCCCGAGGCACUUGACGCAGCAGAGACGGGAGGAGGUCAUCUCACACAUCCAAACUUUCCGUGAUUAUUUUCACUAUCACAUAAAAGCGUCUAAAGCCUACAUUCAUUCGAGGAUGAGGAGCAGAACAGCCGACUUCCUCCAAGUACUACGCCGUGCCAGACCAGAGGAGCAAGAGCAGAAGGAGAGGAAAACGGCUAGUGGCCGGGCGUUCCGGGCCCAAGGCUGA